UUCAAUCGUCACAGUAUCAAUUCGACAACAUGUACAUUCAAACAGUAGUUUUCGCAUCGCUGAUGGCAUUGGCUACGGCCUUUCCAUCACAGGAUCAAGGUCGAGUGGUCAACGGACAAACGGCCACCCUCGGUCAAUUUCCGUUCCAAGUGCUGGUGAAGGUUGAAACGCCUCAGGGACGUGCCCUAUGUGGUGGUAGCUUGCUGAGUGACCAGUGGGUCCUAACUGCCGGCCACUGUGUGGAAGGAGCCAAGUCGUUCGAGGUUACUCUGGGAGCCGUUGAUUUCGAGGACCUAACUAACGACGGCCGUGUUGUGCUGACCGCAACCGAAUACUACCGCCACGAGAAGUAUAACCCACUGUUCGCCACGAACGAUGUGGCCGUUGUCAAGCUGCCCAAACCGGUGGAAUUCAACGAUCGUGUCCAACCGGUGAAACUGCCCUCGGGUAGUGACACCUUCACCAAUCGCAAGGUUGUCGUCAGCGGCUGGGGACUGCAGAAGAACGGGGGAAACGUAGCCGAUAAGUUGCAGUACGCCCCGUUGACGGUGAUCAGCAACAACGAAUGUUCGAAGACCUACAGUCCGUUGGUGAUCAAAAAGACCACUCUGUGCGCCAAGGGAGAACACAAGGAAUCGCCGUGCAACGGAGACUCCGGCGGUCCACUGGUUCUGGAAGGUGAAAACGUUCAGGUGGGAGUGGUUAGCUUCGGGCAUGCUGUCGGAUGUGAGCAAGGCUACCCAGGAGCGUUCGCUCGGUUGACGUCCUUCGUCGAUUGGGUCAAGCAAAAGACCGGCCUGUGAGGAGAAUAAUGGUUACAAAUAGGUAGACCAAAUGUUUCAUAUGCAAUAAAUAUUAAGUUUAAGCAUUCAAAUCUGUUAUUUUUGUUCACACAUGAUGCUAUGCAAUUCUCACGUCUUUGAAGGGAAUAACCUUUUAAAAAAUAUUCCAAUAAAUGCUUGGAA